GCGGCUCCGCUGGUGUUCUCGUCUUUCAUGAUUGGUUUUCGAGGUACGACGCACUGACGCACUCUGAGUCUCUGACAAAACACUAACGAGUAACGAAUUAUCAUCAUUGGUCUACAAUCGCCUGCGUUUCUAAGAUGGCCCAAGGCACACGUGGCUCUGCAGCUCCCCUCUCUGAUCUUCUCAUGCAGCUGGAGGACUAUAACCCAACGAUCCCUGAUGCAGUGACCUCCUACUACCUCAACACUGCUGGCUUCGAAGCUAGUGAUGCCAGACUAGUGCGUCUCAUCUCUCUAGCGGCGCAGAAGUUCAUCUCGGACAUCGCGAACGACGCGCUGCAGCACUGCCGGAUGCGCAGCCACCAGCAGGGCGGCGGCAAGCAAGGCAGCGCCGGCGGUGGAGCGGCCGGUGCUGGUAAAGUUGCAGGCAAAGACAAACGCUACACCCUCACCAUGGACGACCUAGCCCCUGUGCUGGCUGAGUACGGCGUCACCGUCAAGAAGCCUCAUUAUUAUUUAUAAAAUAUUCGUCUGUAUAUUGCUGUCCUUAGGGAAAGUAAACAUGUUCUAUAUUCACCAUGGACGACCUAGCCCCUGUGCUGGCCGAGUACGGCGUCACCGUGAAGAAGCCUCAUUAUUAUUUAUAAAAUAUUCGUCUGUACAUUGCUGUCCUUAGGGAAAUCUGUGUGCUCUUUAGUUUGUAAACUAGUAUUGAUUAUAAUGGCAGCUUUUUGCGAAUAAUUUUUGUCUGGGUGAAACCAUCUUUGCAGGACAGAAGCUUUCUUAUGCUGAAGCUCGAAGCUUGCGAUCGAUUAAACAUGAGCAAGAAAGAUCAUUGAUAAAACUGAGUAUUGUCUCAGCAUUCAUAAUCAAGAGCUUCUCAUACCUAUGGAUCUAUUAUUUUGACCUAAGUAAUGGGACAAGAAAAGUAUUGAAUGAUUCGAAUGUUUCACCAAGCCUCGCAUAUUAGCUCAAGGCUCUAAAUAUGAAAUUCGAAGUUUACAGCUAGAGCUGUUGACGCCUGUAUUCUUCAGGUUUAAAUCCUUGUCAGCGUUCUUCCAUGACUUGUUUAAAAUUGUCCAAUUUGUUAGGACAAUACUUAAUAAUUUUUUUGAUUUGCUCGCCCAUGUUUGAU